AUGCCCCAGGUUCCACCGAUCUCCACGUCUGCGGCAGCCGACGACGCGCUGCGCAACACGUUCCAGAUCGUGCAUGCCUUCCUCGCUGAGCAUGCUCCCAAUGCCGCUGCGCAGCUCGCUGCCACCCUGCCCGACUCCCCCGCCCCGCCCAGGACCCUCGCUUCUGCCCUCGUAGACCACGUCCGCAACUCGCCAAGGAGGUCCUGGCCCGGUCUGGCCGCCCAGGCAGCCGUUCCGUCCCCGCCAGCUCCUAUGGAUGAGGACAGCGACUCUGACUCGUCUUCUUCCGACUCCAGCUCGAGCUCGAGCUCUAGCUCGAGCUCGAGCUCUAGCUCCUCUUCCGAUUCGGAUUCGGAUUCGGACUCGAGCGACAGCGACAGCGACAGCGACUCAAGUGACGAUGACAGCGACGACAGCGACUCGGAGGAAGACAAGAAGGUCAAGGCGACCAAGAACGAGCAGCCCCACCAGGACCACGAGGCUGCUUCUUCCACCGUCGUCUCGGAUUCGCAGGACGAGGCAGAGGCAGAGCUUCCCAGCAAGGGCAUCGCCACGCCCACAGGCGCCUCCUCGGCUGGUGCAUCGGUCUCGGCUUUGGCGAGCACUAACAAGCGCAAGCGCGCAGCUUCUACGUCUUCCUCGGAUUCGGACUCGGACUCGGACGACAGCGACGACGAGAGCAGCGACAGUGACAGCAGCAGCGACGAGGACAGUGACGACGACUCCAGCGACUCGGACUCGGACUCAGACGACAGCGAUAGCGAUAGCGAUGACGAUGACGAAAAGGAGGAGGCGACCGUGAAGAAGGUCGAGACCGUCGUGGUCGAGGUUGCCUCUUCCGACUCGAACUCUGAUUCGGAUUCGGAUUCCGACUCGAGCGACUCGAGCUCUGAUUCCGACUCGGAAUCGGACUCGGACUCGGACUCGUCGAGCGACGAAGAGGUGGCAGCCAAGGUCUCGGCCCCGAAUGGCGACGGCGACGACAGCAGCUCUUCCGACAGCUCUGACUCCUCCGACUCCGACUCUGACUCGGACUCUGGCUCCGACUCUGACUCGAGCUCGGGUAGCAGCAGCAGCGCUUCCUCUUCCUCCUCGGAAUCCGGCGAUGAGAGCGACAGCUCUUCUGACUCGUCGUCUUCCAGCUCCAGCAGCAGCAGCAGCGGCUCGGACUCCUCGUCUCCGUCUCCAAAGGGCCCUCCUGCGAAGCGUCAGAAGACCGACCCUGAAGUCGCCGCCGCCGCCGCCACCGCCGUUGCUGCUGCAUCUGUUGCUCCUGCCGCUUCCACCAGCACACCUUCUCGCCCUGCGCCGCCGGCGCCUGCCACGGCCUCGGGUCGCAAGCCAGUCGGCCAGAACACGCCGUUCCAGCGCGUCAAGGCGGAUCAGGUGACGUACCUGGACGACCGCAUGAAGGACAUGUCGUAUGCGGGCAUCGGUCUCAACGGCGACGAGUACGGCGCGCGCGCCAGCCGCGACCUCAUCGUCACGCGCGGAAAGGGCUUCACAAAGGAGAAGAACAAGAAGAAGCGCGGUUCGUACCGCGGAGGCGCCAUCGACGUCUACGGCUCCCACAGCAUCAAGUUUGACGACGACGACUAA